AAUUGGUUAGUUUUGAUGAUUGCCUCUAACAACCAAUAGGAAAAUUGUACGUGUGAGUGACUUUGAUCAGCCUAACUUUUAAAAUAUUGAGUACAGUAUAAGUUUCGGAUUCACCAAGUGCAAAUGAUUCGUUUGGUUCUAGUUUCCUCUUUGAUUUUGUUCUUGGGUUUUUACGAAGCGAAGGGUGAAUCGAAUGAGCAUCUACUCAUGAAAGAUGAGGCUCAUACUCCCUAUCAAUCAUUUGAAGAAAAGUGGGUAGAGCUACCUCCUUAUGGGCGAGUCGUGGAAGGAAAGUUCGAAGGUUCCAAACCCUCAUUUUGGAAUAACCUCGUGUUGGAUAUAAAGUUUAUUCCUCGUCUUUUAAAGUUUCAAAAGCAUCAACGAGAACGACGUCGUAGAGCUGAGUGGAAUGCCGAAUAUGACCGAAAAAAAGAACAAGAAUUAGCAGAAUAUAGAGCUGCAUUGGGUAUUAAAUACUGAGAAGCAGUAGCCUCUUCACCGAAAAUAUAUUCUUUCUAAUAAUAUGUUGCAAGUCCCCUUCCUCCCUCAUAGUAAAUUGACUUAAUUAGCUUUAAUUAGAUUGGCUGUAUUUGAUCAUUUGGAGGGCAAAAGAGACGCAAUAAUGCUAAAAUACUACUAAACGUGUAAUAUGAAUAAAAAGAUAAAUUUAAGAAAUGAGAACGCCACUUACAAAUGAGUUGUUACAUCACAUCUUAAAACAAACAAAAACUUAGGCUACGUUAAAUUGUACCAUCAUAGUCACCUAAUUUUGUUUUGCCCUAAUUAGUGUCAACUUAGUAUCAAAACCCAUUUUUACUUUUUCCCUAGGCAUUUUUACUUUAAUUUUGGUCACCGUCCCGGUACAAGGUUAGUGUUGGGGAAACUAGAUUAAAUGACAUACAUAGUGAAUAAUGAUUUAUUAAAAUAUUCAAAAGUAAAACUAAACAUCCAAACUCAGAACAAGACCUUUCACUUCCUUUCAGUUACCUCUUGCAGUUGAGGAAGAAGACAAAAUUACCUCUAGCCCCAUUUGGUCGUGUAGGUUUUCUGACACGGUCAGAUUUUAAUUUCCGGACUAUUAAUAUUCCGCAAGUUAAAAUACAGUCUGGUAACAGAAGUAUGUCCCUUGUCCCAGGCCUACUAUCCCAGGCC